AAACUGAAGAAACUGUUGGACAGAUGGUGGAGUCACCAGUAAUGCACCUGACAGCUUCUCAGACGGGAGCCAUACCACACAGUGAUGCAGCUGAUGGAGGUGCCACAUCGACCAGAAAUGUUUGACUUCCAUGGAGUCUCCAUGACCAACAUCAUCACUGACAACUGGGGCAACAUACAGAACUUCAAAGCAAGACCAGAUGAUAUUCUUAUCUCUACGUACCCUAAAGCAGGAACCACAUGGAUCUCUUACAUCCUAGAUCUUCUGUAUUUUGAGAACAUGGAUCCAGAUCGUCAGACAUCCAUCCCUCUUCAUGAAAGAGUGCCCUUCCUGGAGAUUUCUGUACCUUCUCAACCUUCAGGGAAAGACUUGGCAGACAAACUUCCCACCACUCCUCGUCUCAUUAAAACUCAUCUACCAGUUCAGUUUGUACCAAAGUCCUUCUGGGAGCAGCGCUGCAGGGUGGUUUAUAUGGCCCGCAAUGCAAAAGACAAUGUAGUGUCCUAUUUCCACUUUAACCGCAUGAACAGUGCCCUGCCAGAACCAGGAGACUGGAGCACCUUUCUGCAGGACUUCAUGGAGGGAAAGAGGGUUUAUGGAUCGUGGUAUGACCAUGUGAACGGCUGGUGGGAGAAGAAGCAAACUUAUUCAGAUUUUCACUACAUGUUCUAUGAAGAUUUGAUUGAGGACUGUGGACGAGAACUAGAUCGACUGUGUUCCUUCCUUGAUUUGUCUCCAUCAGCUGAAGAGAAGGAAAGAAUCAGAGCCAGUGUGACGUUUGACAGCAUGAAGCAAAACAAGAUGACCAACUAUACCACAGUUCACAUGCUGAACCACGAGGUGUCUCCUUUUAUGAGAAAAGGAAAAGUUGGUGACUGGAAGAACCACUUCACUGUGGCCCAGAAUGAGCAGUUUGAUGAAGACUACAAGAAGAAGAUGAAGAAUCCUGAUUUGAAGUUUCGCUGUGAAAUUCAAAGUGCAGGCUGGAGCUGAGACGUGAUAUGCAAUUAAAUAGUUAAGAAUAAAUCAAAUAUUAAGCCUGAACAACUGAAUUCUCUUACAUUGUGGUGCUGUUGGCUAUAUAUAUCAGCUUAACCUCCUAGGACCUGGCGUCCACAUACGUGGACAUCACAUUUUGGGUUGUCUAGACCAAAAUACUAAAUUGCUCUGCAAUUUAGUAUUUUGUAUAAUGUCCUCAUCCACUUAUGAGGACAUUAUACUGCCAUUGUUCUAUUGAAAUUUAAAAUGAAUGUCCUCUUAUGAGGAUCCCAUUUUUCUCAAAAACAAAAAUCAGGUAAAAAAAAAUAAAAUCUGGUAAUUCUUUGCUUUUAAAUUCAUCAGGUCCCAAUCAGCCCAAAUAGCAAAGAGAAAUUAAAAAUGCAUGCCAUGAAAGAGUUCGGGUCUUUAGAGGUUAAGACAAAGGAGGAUGAAGGAACGUGUCAGUUUUACUGAACAUUUUUAACUAACUGAUUGUUAAUGGUUAGUUUGUCUGACUUUAUACUACUGAGUUUGAAAUUAAGAGACCCAGCUGGGCAUGACGGUGGGAGGAAGCUGGAGUACCAGGAGAGAAUCCACACAGGAACCAGAGUUCAUUUUGUGUAAUUUCCCAGGUUAAAAAACAUUUAUCCUUAACUUACCAGCUACUCUACCUAAACAAACUAAACUUUGUUUAUUUCCCAAAUGAAUAUGUUCCAGUACUUAAUAAUUUGGCCACACAUAAAGUGUAAUGUGGGAAUGCAUAGAAUCAUAGAUCUGGUAUGAAUUAAGAAAAGGAAGCAGAAAACUUUUUACAUUCACACAGUUAUGGCAAGCAGCUCAGCUGUGUAGAGAUAGUAGGCUGCUGUUGUAUGUUUGAUUUCAUUCUU